ACACUGAUCAAAAGUCAAAACAGCGUUGACAUGUAGGAAGUUUUUUUAAGAGUUUUUUAUUAUUUUUCUAUGUAAAUAAAAAUAAUAAAUAUGUAAAUUUAUAGUUUAAUAUCAAGCUUAUGAUGUAAACAUAUAAGAUAACAGAUAUUAAUUUGGACUAUGAACAUAAUAAUUCGUUUAUUUGCAUAGUUAUGAUUGUUAAAUUAAAACAAUGAGAAAACUCUCCUAUAAAUUAAUUAUAUUUUUAAUGUUAGGUUGCUUGGCUUUCGUGUACAUGUAUUCUAAACUGAAUCUUUCAAGUCAUUCAAACACAUAUCAAAGUAUAAAAAAAUUGCGGAAAAAUGACGGGAUGAUGAAAACAUUAUCGGAGAAAGUGGUUUUAUCUUUUGUGGUCUGUGAUUCAAGAUUUAAUGAAUCUCUAAAUGUUGUAAAGUCCGUGCUUCUGUUUACUCCAAAUCCAGUGCAUUUUGUGAUAUUUACCGAUGACAGUUUGCGCAAAAAAUUUGAAAAGAUCUUAAAUAAAUGGGGAGAUAUUACAAACAAUCAGUUGACAUUUGAACUCCACAAAAUAAAUUUUCCGGAAGCACACAGAGAAGACUGGAUGAAUCUGUUUAGUAAAUGUGCAGCACAGAGAUUAUUUAUUCCUAAACUCUUACCACACAUUGACUCUAUGAUCUAUGUUGACACAGACACAUUAUUUCUUGGUCCCGUUGAGGAACUGUGGCACCACUUCUCACUGUUCAACAACUCACAGAUGUCUGGCAUGGCAUUGGAAGAUGACAACCCAAAUAUUUCUUGGUAUCCCCGAUUUGCUAAACAUCCAUUUUAUGGAAAAUAUGGUCUCAACUCGGGAGUAAUGCUGAUGAAUUUAACUCGAAUGCGAAAUUUUGGUUGGGUGGAUUAUGUCACGCCCAUAAUGCUAAGAUGGAAACUCAAUAUACCCUGGGGUGAUCAGGAUAUAAUUAAUAUAAUAUUCCACUACCACGAGCGGACUGUAUACGUGUUGUCGUGCCGGUACAACUACCGUUCCGACCAGUGCAUGUACGGCGACGCAUGCUCGGACGCCGCUACACAAGGUGUGUUUUUGUUGCACGGCAGCCGCGGCGCGUUCCACAACAACAAACAACCGGCUUUUCAGGCAAUAUAUAAAGCCAUAAACGAGCAUGAAUUGGGAGCAGAUUCAUUCGAAUCGCUGUUGGCUAAUAUUGAGAAGUAUGUAACUAACGCACCAGAAUCGCACUGCGGAAGUUUAAAAAACAGUUUGUUAAAAGUAGCAAUUAAUACAUUUACGAAUUCAUAUGCAAUGCCAGAAAGAUAACGAUUUAAAUAACAUUUUUUUUCUGUAUCGGUGAUCCCACACACCAGCUGUACCUAUAUCGUUAAUUCAGAACCUUUUCGCUAUAAAUUCUUUCAUUGGUGCUAUAUUGCAAUUUCUUGCUAUAUUUUUGCUAAAAUAUAAACUUAUUUAACUUUGUACAGCAUAAUGAUAACUUUAGUGCUGGAAUACAAGAGUUGUAGGCAUGUCCGUAAAUAGUAUCAAGGUCUGUUGAUCAUAACUAAUAACUAGAGACCAGAUUAUAUGCAUUUGGAUAUUUAAGACAUUCACAGUGCUAACAGUAUAUUUUCUUUAAACUGUAGUUAGGAUGCAUAUUAUCGAUACAUUUUCAAUAUUUUUGCUAGAAACUAUAACUGCCAAAGCACCCAAGCUCAAAUUCUGUUCUGUUACCUCAGUAGUUGUGGAGCGAUCGUUUUCCACUUAUAAAAAUAUUUUGAAUGGUCGAAGACAAUCUUGCUACUGAAUAUUUGAAAUAAUAUUUGAUUGGUUAUGUUUACAAAAAUAUCUAAUAAUGUUACUGUACCUAUUACCAUAUACCAAUGGAUACUUAACUAAAUUAUAGUAUGCUGGUUUUGAUAUAAAAAAUUAAAACUAGGUUUUCUUUUUUUUGUUCCUAAAACUUAUUAUUUAAUGUUGCAUAUUCUGACAGGUUUCGUGCAUAUUUGCAUGUAUAUAUCCAGCUUUUUAUGUUGCAUAUAAUCCGGUACCUACUAAUAACAUAGUUCUUUUUUUACACAUUUAGUUUUAUUAUGUUUGAGAAUGAACAAAACUUAUUAUUAUGUUUACCAGCCCUGAAUCAAAUUGUACCACUGCUAGAAAUACUAGCCCGUUGUUUGGUCUACGAAUGCGGGUGUCCUUCAAUACCAAGCUGGCAUACAGUUAGUAAAUAUUAAACUGCAGAGUCACCACUGGUAUUUUAAAACCUCAAUAGAUAUCGACCCGCCUAUGAAUUUGUCUAUCAUAUUUGAUGUAAUUCUAUGAUAUUGGAACUAGCAAGUUGUAGACAUACUUGGUAUCGGUUAUGUUACUUAUGGCGAAAGAAGUAACAGAUUGCGUAGACGAAAUGCCUUUCUACAAGCGUCAACUUGUUCUAAAAUGCGUAGACUUAUCGAUAGGAUAUGUCAUUCUAUAUACUUUUUUAUUUUCUACUAGUUAACGAUUGUAGAAAGGCAUCUUCGCUAGGGAUUUAGGUCUUAACGAAAAUAUUUUAUAAUUGGGUGUUUAUACUUAUUUUUAGCGCCAGGGGGGUGUUAUUUCACACGUACAUAUCACUUACCUAAAAUGAUCACGAAGAACUUUAAACAGUGCGAGAUUUAAAUUGAAGUAUUAUGAUAAUAAAUGAAAA